AUGAAUGUUGAAAAAAUAGAAGAGGAGGCAAGGAAUGGUUUGCAGUCUCCCUUACUUAUCCAGGAUGAAAAUGGAGAUAAAACUACAUGCAAUAAAACUAAUCUGACCCCCUUAAUGAAUUGCACUACUGGUACAAACAGAAAUUCAGUUAGUCAAAAUAAUAAAAUUGAGCAAGCAGAGGAUGCUGAUUUUAAAGAUAUGGGUGAUAUUAAAAGUAUUUCUUUAAACCAACAAUGUAUUGGAACAUUUGAUAUACUAAACACUGCUGGUGAAUUUGUUAGUGUGAGCCCUGUCUUGUCAGAUACAGGUGCCACUUGUGUGCCUUCUGCAGCUGAACAGACUUGCAUGUGUGUCUUGGACCAUAACUUAAAGGAACCUACUAGAUUCCGGAAAGAUCACCUUGACCUAACAGGAAGGCAGGGUCAAAGUACUGAACAAUUCAUUCCUUACAAUUUGACUGAUACAAACUUUACAAUGCACCUUACCACUUCAGAACUGAGCCAAAAUGUUAACAGCAGAGAUGAAGCAGGUCACGCUAAUAUGACAUUAGAUGUUGCUAAUGUUGAUACAUCUCUUGCGAUAUCUAAAACCCUGGAAGAAAUGAGAGAAGAUGAACAUGAAGACAUGUGUUUUACUGUGUGCACUUCUUCUGAGGAUGUGAUUGUGAGAAAAAGUUUUGAUACGAGUAGUCCUGAAAGAACUCUUAGUUCUUCAGUGCUGGAAGCAUCAGUGGGCCCAAAUACAUCAAACAACAUCUGUUCAGAUUUGGCGAUGUUACCUUCUGCUUCUUCAGAUGCCUGUGAACAGCCUUUGAAAAACACCAAUUAUGUUGAUAUAGCAUCACAAAACAGAGAAUCCUUCAAAAAAGAAAUACAGCCCUUAAAGCUAGUUGGGGAAUGGGUUGAACCUCAUUGUAAGAGCUCAAUAUCACCAGAGUACUUUUGUAUGUAUGAAGAUGCACCAACGAAGUAUUUGCAUAGCACGCCUGAACAUAAUAAAACUGACAAAUGUCCUACCAAAACAGGAGUGAAUUAUUUGGCAAAUGAUUUAUGCAUCCUUCCAAUACAGAGUUUUGAUGAAAGCAUAGAACAAAAGCAAAUUUUAAAUGGAGCAAGUAAACAUAUAACCAAAGAACAAAAUGCCUUUAAAAAUAGUGUUUUCCAGGAUGUGCAAAGCAAGUCAGUGGCAUAUGAAUCAAUACCAGAAAGUAUAGCAAAACCAGAAGGGACUGUUUCACCUGAGCUCAAAUGUGAAGCAACAUUUGUAGUCUUUAGUCCCAUAGCUUAUGAAAGCCAUUCUACAGCGUGUACUUCGACACCUAUAGAAAAGUCCAAAAACACAACAUUUUCUGUUUCAGCUUUAUCAGAAGUUGGCAGCAUCCCUUCUAAACUAGGAAAGAAUGAUAUGGUAGAGAGAGAACACGGUAGAAGAACUUCACUUAAAAGUAGUUUAGGACAAAUUGCAGGAAAACCAGCAAAUGGGUCUCCUACUACAUUGAUGGCAACCAAAACUAGAAAAAUUGAGAUUGUUAGCUUUCCAAAACCGAACUUCAAAAAUGUUAAACCAAAAGUUAUGUCCAGACCUGUGAUCCAGUCCAAAGAGAGUGCUUCAUCAAAAUCUCUGGGAUUGCCUCAGCUAUCUACUAUUUCCUCAUCUUCACCAGUUUCUUCCCCAAAGCAAUUGUCCUCUUCCAUCAAAACUUUGAAAAAGAGAAUCUAUUUAGAUUGUGACACUAAAGUUGCAACGUCGUUGAAUAAGCAACAUGUUCAUAAACAAGUCUCUCCUAGCCAACUUGUAUGUGCUGCAACUCAUUCCAAAAACGCUUCCCACAGGGUACCAAAAACGCCUGCAUUAAAGCAGAAUCCAGAAGAUGCUGAUAAAGCAAGCUCUUCUAAUUCUGCGUACUCCUCUGUUGCUGCUACAGCUGUAACAUAUGAACAGAAUUCAAAAGGGACAUUAAGUAAUAAAAUGGAAAAUGCAAAUGCAUUGGCACAUCCGUGUAUCUCAAAUGUCCAUCAGACUUGGGCUGAAAAUGAACAAAAUCUCAAUAUCAGAAGACUUUCAGAAACUGAGGCAUUAAGAAGAGAUGCAGUGAAUGAAACAUUUGAAUUAUCGUCUGUCCCCCUGGUUUCUUCAGUUAAAGCUGGAGCAGCACAAAGAAAAAAUAUGCACAAGGAAGGUACCAUCACUCUAAGAAAUACGCCAGUUUCAAAGGCUGAAGUGGCAGUCUCCGUAUUUAAUUCCAAGCGAGGAAGUGAAAAUAAAAAUGUUUGUGCAGUUAAACGAUCACCUCCUCAAAGACCUGUUCUGCUCUCAAGCUCAGGAGUGGGAUCCUCUCCAAGAGGGAUUUCUGCACCUGUGAGAAACUCUCCAGCUUCCUGGUCUAGUUCUGGAAAAUCGCUUCCUAAAUCCAAAGUGCCAGUACUCAGAAGAACACCUAGCAUCUCUUCAGUCAGUAGCACUCAGAGUGAGCAAAGUACUUGCAGCAAUAAUUCUACAAGUGCCACAAUCAUCAUCAGGAAUGGAGAAUGGCCUUCCACAAAUGGACAUCAAAAUGGCACUUCUGGAUGCAUCUUUUUGAAGCCAGUCCCCCGUCCUAGAGUACACUCAUUAAAAAGCACUCCAAAAGGAACAAAGACCAAAUCUGGUGCAUUGAACCAAUGUCUACCCAACUCAUCAGGAACAUUGCUUCAAGCAAAGAGAACCAAUGAAGCCCGAAGCAAUCAACUGUUGGGUACUCCAGGACGAAAUGGACCCAGAUGUUUAUCUGUUCUCAAUUCCUUUGACAAGGGCAAGCAGAGGACUCCUAAAAGUUCGUGCAUACAAACCCAAACCUCUCCAGAUGCGCAUUCAUAUGAAAUAAAAACACACGAGUUGGCACAAUACAAAGCAAAAUGUGAGAACCAACGUGGAAUUAUCCUGCAGCUGAAGAAACUCCUGGCCUGCAGUAACCGGAACUUUGAAGCAUUAACUGUUGUGAUCCAGCAUGUACAAUCUGAGAGGGAGGAAGCGCUGAAACAUCAUGAAGAGUUAUCUCAAGAGCUUGUUAACCUACGAGGAGAGCUGGUAACCACUUCUGCAGCUUGUGAGAAAUUGGAGAAAGACCGGAAUGAGUUACAAGCUGCUUACGAAGGAUUCGUGCAAAAGCUAAAUCAGCAACACCAAAAUGAUCUAGCGGAGCUGGAGGAAAGGCUUAAAGAGUUUUACACUGCUGAGUGUGAGAAAUUACAAAGUAUCUGCAUUGAAGAAGCUGAAAAAUAUAAAGAACAACUUCAAAAGCAGGUUGACAAUUUAAACAUUACACAUGAAAACUUUAAGCUAGAACUUGAAACCAGCCACUCAGAAAAAAUAGAAGAGCUGAAGAAGGAAUAUGAAUCCUCUUUUUCAGAACUCAAGAAUGCCCAUGAACUGGAAAGGAAAUCACUUGAGGCUUCCUUUAGAGAGAAACAGGAAUCAUUAGAGAAAAAAAUAGAUGAAUUGAAACAGGACAAUGACUCUCUGAAUGAAAAGUUGAAAUUGGAAGAGCAAAAACGAAUAGCCAAAGAAAAAGCAAAUCUUAAAAAUCCUCAGAUUAUGUAUCUGGAACAAGAACUGGAAAGUCUGAAAGCAGUGUUGGAGAUCAAGAAUGAGAAACUACAUCAGCAAGAUAUAAAAUUGAUGAAGAUGGAAAGACUGGGGGAAAAUAACACAACCUUAAUGGAUAGGUUGAAGAAGGUUCAGCAGGAGAAUGAAGAAUUAAAAGCUCGGAUGAACAAACACGUGGAACUUUCCAGGCAACUUUCCACAGAGCAAGCAGUCCUGCAGGAAUCUCUAGAGAAAGAAUCAAAAGUAAACAAACGUCUGUCAAUGGAAAACGAAGAACUGCUGUGGAAACUACAUAAUGGGGACCUUUGCAGCCCUAGAAAACUGUCGCCCAGUUCUCCAUCAGUGCCUUUUCAGUCUCCAAGGAAUUCUGGCACCUUCUCUAAUCCUACAGUAUCACCAAGAUGACCUUUUCUGAUACAAGGGGGAGACUGCAUAACAGCAUUUCAUUUGUGAUCUGCAGAACUGAUCAUAACUUUAAUCAUGGGAGCAAAAGCUAUAUUAGCCAAGUAUGACUGAAAUAUAACUGGAAAUUAUUGCUGUGGCAAAUGGCUAUAAAAUACUGAAAAUAUGGGAGUGAAACUUUUAAUAUUUCUCCUCCAAAAAGACUUCCAUAAUGACCUCUAUGAACGUUGUUGCACAAAGCACUUAGAGAGCAAGAGAACCUUGUUCAUUGCCUUUUUCACCUAACUAUAAGGGAAAAAAAUGCUCAGGGGCUUAUAGAUAAAGAUCACAACCUUUAUAUGUUCCUUAUCACAGACACCUUUCGUUGAGGCUGUGUGUGUGGUGUGCGAAUGGAAUGGAUGUAACGUGCAUGUCUGAUGCCGCUGCCUUUGCUGUGUAUGUAAUAGGGAUAAAAGCUGAAGAAUAGACAUUGACAUGUACUUUAUUAAUAAAUAUUGUCAAUAUGCAUGUUUUAUCAAAGAUUACCCUUAACUGGGGAUGAAGAGAAACUGCCACUUGUAUUACAGGUUAGUUUCCCUUUUAUCUUUCAGCUUUGGUUCAAGAGAACAAUGGCAGGAAAUGCUUUAUCUGUUUAACUUGUUUGUCUGCCCACUUUAUCAUGCAAUUUUGGAUGACAUUUUAAGAGAAAAUUUAAUCUGAUUUUCAGAGUUGAAACUCCAGCCAUGUUGUCCGUGGAUUUUAGCUCCUCUAUUCACAUGCAAUUCUUAGCCAUAUUGCAGUUUUCAGGAGAAAGUUCACUUUUAGAACACUGUCUUCCUGAAACAAAGGUGAGAAAACCAGAUGAUGGUUCCUUUUAAUCUUUCUCCACAACUUGCUUAGUUUUAUUAUGAUUAGAGAGCAAAACUUUAAAAUUGCUAGGCUUGUUGCAGGCUUAAAAGAGUGGUGGAGAUGCACCUGGGGAUUUACCAGCUGAAAAACCCUCCUGGAUAAGCAGCCAUUACUUCCUAACCAGUACUGCAUGUCAGUUUGAGGUCACCUGCAGAGAAAACAUGAGUUCUGAUCUAAUUGAUAUACAGGAUUUGAAAGCCAAGGAGAGAGAGAGAGUCAAAAGUAGGAUCAUGUUCAAAGGUAUCAUGACUAGUUUCUUGUUAAAAGGAAGUCUUAAAAGCAGUCAACCAGUAUUGUUUCUCAUUGUGACAAUUUUUUUUAUAAAGUGUUGUUGCUUGUAAUUUUAACUUUCAGAAAUUAUGGCUAGAUAAUGUCCAGAAGAAAAAGACAAGAUCUGCAUAUGAUUCUACAACCCAUUUCAUCGCACCUCCCCAACGAGUGGUAUUUUUCAGUUGUUUCCAAAUGUUAUUCUGUCAGAGGUUUAUGCCCUCUACAAAGUCCCUUUGAAUUGGUACAAUCCUGUCUGUUUGUUGUUGAGGGUAUCAGUGUUUCAUGUAACAUUUUAAACUAUGCUUCAAAUUAAGGUAGUCACAGUGCAUGUUUUGUCUUGUUACUGCUGUUUUGGUCGGACCUUAUUUUAAGAUCGCAUACCUCUUGACAUGUAUGGAUUCUACUUCUAGUUACAGUUAUAGAAUGUUGUUUCUGCAAUAGCUUGGGGUGGCUUUUAAAUACCACUCCAGGGACAUUUUCUUCUUUUUAUAUAGUCAGUGUUGUUAGUCAAAGGUAGUUACAGUCAUCCAAGAUGAUAAAUCUUGGGCUACAUUCUGGAUCUGUGCAUCUUCCUGUAGACUGGGAACAGGGAUCCAGUGGAUAAAAAGGAGGUGUUUAGGAAAUUAUACUUCACAAGCACUUCAAACCAAACACUUCAUCUAGGAUAUAAAAAUGCUGGCCCUGCAUAAGGAACACAGGUGCCUAAGCAAGUUGUAGCAUUAUGUAACUAAAAUUGUAAUGCAUUCAAGCUUGUGAUUUAAAUUUUAAAAUGAUGAAAUUUCUAUUUAACUUCCUACAAUGUGCAAAUGAAAUGUGCUGCCGCUUCUAUGAAACACUUUUUCCUCUUCUUUUUCCCCCUUUUACAACCCUGUAUAUGCCACUAGUUAAAGUGCUGUCAGCACUUAAUCGGUUUUGCUGGAAUUGACAACUUAACUAUAAAAAUCCACAGUGGACUGAAACGUGGCUUAAAGUACGUCUUGGAGUAUUCUUUUUUUUUUUCUUCUAUAAAGUCAAAGAUCACGUGUAUUUGAGUUGAGUGUUUAAAAAUAAAUAAAAUUCUUUUUUUACUCAUUUAAGAUCUCCAGCUUGUGUAAAUCUAAAAAUCUUCAAACUAAGGAGGAACGUCUUGACACCCAUCUUGCUGGGGUCAUCUGAUCUCAGCAGUCUUUCUUCUCCAGGUGCAGGGGGGCUGAACCCCAUGAUCUGUAAGGUCCCUUCCAGCCCCUAACAACUGUGAAACCAUGAAAGCCUUCCAAGUGCAAGGUUGUCUAACAAUAGUUAAGAUUACCACUGUGUAGAAAAGUUUACUGCUGAUAUGUAAAUUUAUUAUGUUUACUAGAAGAGAGUUUACACAGAAGUAAUGAGUUUUUCUUUCUCUAUAACUAUGGACAUAGAGGAACAUCACUCUUUUUAUAUUUAAGUGGUGGUUUACAUGUAUUUAAAUUUGCCAAGCUGCAUAAUCACAAAGUCUCUAACUUUUUUUUUUUAGUAGUACUAUUGGCUAAUGAUCAGAAAAUUCCACAUUUGGUCCCUAUGUUUUUCUUUGCUGUUUAUACUGAGAGAGUAUAUAGUAUAUUCCAAACACAUGGAACAGGGACUUUCAACCUUUUUGGGUCAGUGUGCGGCCAGUUGAGAAGGAAGGAGUCCCCCAGCGGCCAGUUAGCGACCGGUUGAAAACCCCUGGCAUGGGCAAAAAUUAGUGUAAUCAUAACCACUCUUUAAGGAGCCCCCAUUAUCUUACUGAAGUACUCAAUUUAUUCAGGAUUUAUUUUUUCAAUGAACAGGUUUUUAAAGGUCUAAUCUGAUUAAGGCAAAGACAUGAAACAAAAGCCUUAGAGAUCAUCCUUAAUUUUAAACCAAAGAAUAGUAUUCUCUUGGUCAUUUUAACUAAUGCACAUACGUAUGUGUAACUCACAGAAUCAUACAAAAGCAAGGCUGGAAGGGACCUCAAGAGGCCAUCUAGUCCAACCCUCCCUGCUGAGGAGUCUGAGGGCACUGUCAACAUUCUGCUAAUUCUUGACGGAAGUAAGGAGAAUCUGGAUUUUGCUAGCAAUCACUGUUGGUCAUCUAUCCUAACACUUGGCUUGUUAAUGCUGUAGGAUUUUUUGGGGGGGGGAGCGGGGGAGGGAGGGGAAAUCUUACAUACAAUGAUUGCUGUUUUCCUGCAUAGGAAAAAACUGCUGAUCAGUUAACUGCAGAGCAGUCAAUUAAUGUCCCCAAACCUUUGAUUUGUGGUAUGUGUUGGGGUUCUCUCCCAAAUCUUUGACUUAUUCCAACUUUUUUCCUAAUCAUCAAAUAUUGCAGGGGACUUUAUCAAAAUGCUAAUUAUAAACUUUCUACAAGCAGAACCAUAUUAUUAGAAAUAGAAUUUUAUGUUCUUACUGUUAGUUCCUAUGUAGUUGGCAAACUCUUGUGCUUGUGAAUUUCAGAAAUAAAAUUGUGCCCUGGAAAGAAA